CGCUGAGGUGUCGUCGAUCAGAAGGGUUCGCAUCUCAUUGACCCUUCCCAAUCGAGGGCCAUGAAUGGCCCAGCAAGCCCAGGUCGGGGCAGCGGCAAGCAGCCAGGCUUUUGCGCGCAAAGUAGACGGUACUUGUGACCCUGUACACUCAUCGCGAGUUCAGGCCCAGACCAAGGUACCGUAUACCCCACAUUUCAGUGCUCCACCGCAACUGCCAUCCCAUCCCUACCUUAUUACCAUGCCAUCCAGGACCACACCAAGCACGCACCUGCAUAAUGUGCACGCCUUAGGUCUGCCUCUGUUUUUGCACCUGCCCUGACCUCCUCUUUCUCUCCCGUCUUCUUGUCGCGUCGAAGCAAUUCCCAUCCCGGCCUGCCUUUUGUCUCCCUCCUCCUGUCCUCCCCUCCCCUUCUUCUCCCUUCGUCUACCUCACCAUCCAUCACCCUCCUCCGCCACGCUCACCCCGACAUCCCACCUGUCAUCUCUUGUCGUCUCACGGCCGCCCACGCUCGUCCCGCUCAUCCACCCACCUCCCCUACCUUGGUUGAAUACGCGAUCGCCAUCCCCACUUAAACAGCCUCAGUCACGGUCACGGUCACCUGGACCCGCCAUACUUGACCGUUCAGGCCUCCGCCCCUCCCAUCGCCUUGAACCUUGCCGUGCUGAGGUCCGGAUCUCUGGUUGUCCUCUCAUCCUCCAUCCUCCGCGCGACUCCAGCAAGUAGUAGCAGCAGCAGCAGCAGGCAGCGCGCAGUACGCAGUGCGACGGUGCCUUAUCGCUACUAUCUUCCCCGCUCAACAGCAGGGACUCUGGCCUUUUACCACUCGCGCCCGCGACCCGAGAAAACCACCGCCACACCCAGACGAGUUUGCCCCGCCGCAAAUCCUUACUUGCACGUUACGUACCUCAACCUCUGAGCCCUGCUACACUCGCCAUCGUGCGACCGCCACUCGAAAUCAAGUCACAUUCAAUCGGCUUCGCGCACAACCCCGCCAAUCCCCACCGCCCACAACCACUUUUCGACAACCUCACCCUACCAUGUCUGCCAACCAAGACAACCUUUCUCCCAACGGAGACGACCUGUCCGUCGGCCUGGACCGUGUUAAGCUCGAGGACGGCGAGCCCAGACUCGGACCCGACGGAGAACCUGCGCCUCGGACCGACGAGGAGUAUGCCCAAGCCCAACUGACUCUGCGCGCUAUCGUGUCCUCCAAAGAGGCCGGUGUUAUCAUCGGCAAGGGCGGCAAGAACGUCGCGGAGCUGCGCGACGAGACCGGGGUCAAGGCUGGAGUAAGCAAGGUCGUGCAAGGCGUUCACGACCGCGUUCUGACCAUCACUGGUGGAUGCGACGCUAUUUCUAAGGCGUACAUGGUUGUCGCCCGCGCAUUGUUGGAAGGUGCACCUUCCAUGGGCAUGGGCGGCGUCCUCUCAAGCAACGGAACGCAUCCUAUCAAGCUCCUGAUCUCCCACAACCAGAUGGGCACCAUCAUCGGCCGCCAAGGGCUCAAGAUCAAGCACAUCCAGGACGUGUCAGGCGUACGCAUGGUCGCGCAGAAGGAAAUGCUGCCGCAGUCGACCGAGAGAAUCGUGGAGGUGCAAGGCACGCCCGAGGGUAUCCAGAGGGCCAUCUGGGAGAUCUGCAAGUGCCUGGUGGACGACUGGGAACGCGGCGCGGGUACGGUCCUGUACAACCCAGCUGUGCGCACCGCUCCUACCAGCUCCAUCGGCGGCCCCAGCGCCUAUGCCAGUGGGCGGGGCGAUUACGCCACCCCAUCCCGCGCCAUUCGCACUGGGAACGGCGCAGACUUCAGCAAUGGCGCGCCACCCCGCAGCUUCAACCGCCCCAGUUCUGACAUGGUCGGUCGCGGCCCGCCAACGCAUGACGAGAACGGCGAGGAGAUCCAGACUCAGAACAUCAGCAUCCCUGCUGACAUGGUUGGCUGCAUCAUCGGACGUGCUGGUAGCAAGAUCAGCGAGAUCCGCAAGACCUCUGGUGCGCGUAUCUCUAUCGCGAAAGCCCCGCACGAUGACACCGGCGAGCGGAUGUUUACCAUCAUGGGAAGCGCAAAGGCCAACGAGACGGCUCUGUUCCUGCUCUACGAGAACCUGGAGGCUGAGAAGGUACGCCGCAGCCAGGCACCUCCGAUGGAGUAAGGGCGUCGGCUGGCUAGCGCCCGGGAGGAACCUUGACGGAGGUUUAUGUUGAGGUACUCGCACACUUCACACUCCGAGUGGUCUCAUAAUUAUGGUCGGGUUUGGCCACCUCACACUCAAAACGACUGGGGCUUCUCCAGAUCUGACUUGCCGCAAGGCUGAAUUUUGGGCGGGGAGUGAGGAGCCAGGGUAAAAUGAUGUUACGACGAUUGUUCUUUUUCCCCCUCGAAAAGCAUUUGGCUUUUUUAAAUUCUUUGGAACUGGUUUCACUCAUUACCUACGCUACGUAUUGUUUCGGGGCGGGGCCGGAGGAGGCCACGACGGCAAGCCUGGGUUCUGGCUGAGAGCAGCCGAACGAGACAUUCGCACGAAUCGACUGGGACGGACUACUCGCUCCGCAGACCACACCAUUUGACACCUACACGCCCAGGCCCGACCGCAUUGGAGUAUUUUUCCAGCACAGCAUGGCCUGCAUCACAUCCAAAAUCGACGUCUCCACCGGACCAACGAGAAACGCCAUAAUCUCGUUUUUGACGACACGACACGGCAGGACGGCACUCCAGGAUUCGACUUGCGUCGAGAUGUGCAGUUUUGGCCGUCAGAGCAGAUCAGAUACCCCCUUUCCCCAGGGACUCGAGUCUUUUCCGAGCCUCUUAUGUUAUUCUUCCCUCCCCAUUUUUCUCUCUCUCUCCCCACGUCGACCAUCGUCUCGGCGUACCAUCACCUACGAACCAACCAGACCUUUGCCUGGCCUGGCUCAAUCACUAUCCUAUCGACGUAAUAUCGCAGCAACCCGAAAAAUUUCCGCACUUCCACAGUUUUAACUCGCUGCUACUCCAAGGCUUUUGACCUCUUUUCUACGACAUCCGAUUCAGGAGUCCCACGACUCGUUACACUGAUGGCUCUCACGGAGCGAGGAAAAAUGGAUGAGAAUAUCUAGCGCAGAUGACAGAACCAUAAUGACAAGGCUCGCGAACCAAAAAUAAACAGUCUCGCCUGCUCAAGUGAAUCGACGUGACGUGAAGUAUGUAGAUGGGCUGACCCUAUGUGCACAUGCAACCAGU